UUUCCUAAUAUCAUUUUCCAAACCAAUUAUAAGAACUCAGCUCUGCUCCCCUCCGUUCCCUCUUGCUUCAGUCUCCACCUCCCAUCCACCACCUUCUUCUACGGCGUCGUUUCCCUCCCCUUCGCAUUUCCUAUCUCCUCUUUCACGUCUUACCGCUUCCUGAUUUUAUUAGUUUUUUAGUUAAGAGUUUUGUUAAUUGUUCUCGCUAAUGAGAAGACUUCCCUUAGCGAACGUAAAAGUUUUCUGCUUUAAAGACGCAAGAACUGACAAGUUUUAGCAUAGAGUUUCAGCUUUUUUCAUCUCAUAGCAGAGAGAGAGAAAGAGCUGGAGAGUUCUUUUUGUUUUUUGUUUCCUGGGGAGUGUUGACAAAAAACUGCGAUUAAAGCCAUUUUUGUUGGUUUUCACUUCAAACUUCCGUUGAAUUUUGAGUGAUUCCGGAGGUGGGUUUCUCAAUUUUCCCACUAUAAGGUUAGAAAUUUCGAUUUCGCUUCCUUUGGCAAUGCAGUCUCUGAAUUCUGGGGAGAAUAAGGUAUAGUGGUGAACAAGAUGAUGGAAAACAAAAGAAGCCCCUGCUCUGUUGACCAGGCCAGUCUUACUUCUCUUGCAAAUAAACGUCAUAAGGCUGAUCUCUCUAUCUCGACAAAGGAGAGGAAAGAGAAGCUAGGUGAACGCAUUGUAGCUCUGCAGCAGCUUGUCUCACCAUAUGGGAAGACAGAUACAGCAUCUGUCCUUCUGGAGGCAAUGGAAUACAUACAAUUUCUUCAUGAACAAGUUAAGGUGUUGAGUGCUCCAUACCUACAAAGUAUACCAGCAGCUCAGCUACAGGAAUUAGAUCAAUACAGCCUGAGAAGCAGAGGUUUAUGUCUUGUUCCAAUCUCUUGCACUGUUGGAGUUGCUCGCAGCAAUGGCGCAGAUCUCUGGGCACCUAUCAAGACCACUUCUCCCAAAUUUGAGAAGGCUAUUUAACUAUUUCUAGUGACAAAUUAUAGCUAAGCAAAGCUUGGAAAGUCAUUUCAGAUGACUUGGUAGCGUAAAGGGUUAACCAAUUUAUUUAAGCCCACAGCAAAUUUUUCAGGAACAACUUGUAACAGGAGUUCUGAUGAGCUCAAAGUAGACUUACAAGUAUGCUAAUGCUAGUCAAUCUUUCAGUGAACUCCAUGCUCUAAAAUUUAGCCCAUUGCUGUACUUAUUUUGAGUCGGUGAUUGGGAUCUAUGCGUAUCUUAGUAUAUGGUCUGUGUCUCUGUUCUGAUUAGGCAAAAAUAUAUAUAUUUGUAAACCUCAUUUGUAUAAUGAUCCUAACAAAGGAUUAAUGAAUAUAUGGGGGAUGGUUCAUGGGUUAUUCA